UCUUCAAAUUUCGUGUCUUCGGCAGGUCACUUCCAUCCGGCAAGACUUCAACGACUUGUUAGCGGCUCUUCCGGAAGGCACGAUGGCAGGGUCCCCAGCGCCGGCCGCCCCCGCGGGGGAGCGCGCCCGGGGGUCAGAGGUGACGAGCGCGCCCCAGGCAACGCAGGAGAGCGACGUGGGCGCUGCCCCGCUGGUGACAAGGGCCGCCCACGACCGUCAGGCAAAGCGCCUGGCCGCCCUCGAGCGCCGGGCUGAUGACUUCGACUUCGCGCUCACGCGAGCACAAAAGCAGUGGUCUGCCGCGAGCCCCGGGGUGCGCUGCGAGGACCAGCUGGCGGAACUGGCCGAGACGGAGCGCCAGCUGGAGACACGCGUGGAGGCUGUCACGAGCGGCGUCGGCAAGGUCAGGCUUUCCUCCGUGCAGCUCCUGGCUGCGCUCGAAGCCUUGGAGGCCCGACUCGAGAAGGAGGUGUCCGAGGUGAAGCAGGAGGUGGCCAAGCUAGAGUUCAGCGGCGCCCAGUGGGCGGCCGACCACAAGGGCAACCUGGACGAGGCUCGCGUGGCCCUCGACGACGCCGCUGCUCUCAGGACCGACCUGGAGGCCGUCUCGAGACGCCUUGACCGCUUGACACUCAAGACUGCCGGUCUCGAGAGCGGCAAAUUGGAGGGCCAGCUCUCGAGAGCCGAGUGCAGAACCAAGCACCUUGCCCUCGAGCUGAGAGUGAGUGAUGCCGUGGAGCGCCUGAGGGCAGUGGAGAGGCACGUUCACCACCGGCCCUCGAGGACUCCCGAAGGUCGUCCGGAUGACGCCAGCUAGUCUCCUUCGCAGCGUCGCCUGGAAAAGACAAGCGCUCGGCUGUGCCGCCGAAGCGCGAAGGAAUAGAGCUCAAACCUCCGCCGUCUGUCCCUCCGAGAAUCCACGCCGUCGGAAGGCUCGCUGGCCGCCGGCCGCCCGGGCGACGAUCGCGCCCCGGGCUGGCGCCUUCGGGCCCCCCUCGGCCUCCCCUCCGCCCCGCCUCCCUCUCUCAGAUCUAGUCUACGCCUUGGUUAUUCGGCCCCAGGAUGCCCCCCCCCCGCUCUAAUGUAGUGCCUAAGAAAACGUUUUGGUCAUCGUUUCCUAGUCAGAGGAGAAAAAGGAUAUAUAGAAAUCUAAAUUUUAGAGAUUUAACUUUAAUAUCAUUCUAAUAUAAAUGAGCUUUUCUUAAAGAUCGUUAUUUCAAAAUGUCUACAUUGCAUUAUUCUUGCUGUAAUGAUUAUAUUAUAUUAUUAUUAUUUUAUUAUUAUUAUUAUUAUUAUUAUUAUUAUUAUCAUCA